GUUGCGCAUGCGCAGUGUGCUCCGGCUCGGGCAGGGCGCGGAUCGCGCGCGGUGAAUGAAGAGGAGGCACCGGAGCGGCGGCCUGCUGUUUCUAUGGUGAAGAUGGCGGCGCCUGUGCUGAGCAGCCGGAGCGGAUCAGCGAGCAGCAGCAGCAGCCCGACCGCUGCGGCCAACAACACCAUCAACAACCGCCUCGCGUGCGCACCGGAGCUCGAUUUCAGGUCCGGAAGCAGGAUGGACGAACUGAACCGACUCAUUCAGGAAUUCAGCAAACACGAUCAGCGCGAGUACGACGACCAGCGCGCGCUGGAGAUCCACACGGCCAAGGACUUCAUCUUCUCCAUGCUCGGCAUGGUGCAGAAGCUCGACCAGAAGUUGCCGGUUGCUAAUGAGUACCUGCUUUUGUCAGGUGGAGUUCGUGAUGGCGUUGUGGACAUGGAUCUGGAUGAACUGGGAGUGUAUAACCGUGGCUCAGACUAUGACAUGGCCUUCACGUUGCUGGUCCCUGCACUGAAGCUGCAUGACCGCAACCAGCCCGUCACAUUGGACAUGCGCCACUCAGCACUGGGUCACUCCUGGCUCAGCCUGCGGUUAUUUGAUGAAGGCACCAUUACACGCUGGAGGGACUGCUGCAUGAUGGCGGACCACAUAAACGGCACCACUAACUACUUCUUCUCGCCCACCCUGGUGGCUGACUGGUUCCAGGAAGCAGUGGCGCUAGUGCUGGCCGAGGUGCAGCGCAAGCCGCAGCGGGGAAUGCCGAGGGUGGAACGGGUGGAGCGCCACAGCACGCUUCUCUCAAUGAUCCUUGGCGUGGGCAGCAGCCGUAUGCUCUAUGACAUUGUACCAGUGGUGUCAUUCAAAGGUUGGCCGGCGGUUGCUCAAAGCUGGCUGAUGGAGAACCACUUCUGGGAUGGGAAGAUCACAGAGGAGGAGGUCAUAAGUGGUUUCUACCUGCUUCCUGCUUGCUCGGUUUCUGGUCGAAGGGAAAACGAAUGGCGGCUAUCCUUCGCCCGCAGUGAGGUUCAGCUAAAGAAGUGUAUCUCACCUGGCCUCAUGCAAGCAUACCAAGCCUGUAAGGCCAUUAUUGUCAAGAUGCUUUCCCAACCUAUGGUUGUUGGCCCCUACCACUUGCGCAGCAUAAUGCUAUGGGCCUGUGACCGCCUGCCAGCAAAUUACUUGUCACAAGAAGACUUUGCUGCCCACUUUUUGCUGGGUCUCAUCGAUGACCUUCAGCACUGCCUUGUCAACAAGAGCUGCCCCAAUUAUUUCAUCCCACAGUGCAACAUGUUGGAGCACCUGUGCGACGAGACAGCAAUGUUUCACGCCCGCAAGCUUGCACUCGUGCGCUCUGACCCGGCUGAACACCUUCGUGCUACCAUCGAGCAAGCUAAGAGUGCCAACCGCUUGACACAAGAAAUGCAGAGGCGUGGAAGUUCUUCUGGCCUGCCUUCACCGCAAAAUGAUGCUUCCUCUACUGAUCAUCAACAGCCUGAUGACCGGCUAGCCAAAAAACUCCAGCAGCUGGUCACAGAGAACCCAGGCAAGUCCAUCUCAGUGUUUAUCAACCCGGAUGAUGUCUCACGACCACACUUCCGCAUCGAUGAUAAGUUCUUCUAAGAACCAGGGAACUCUUCGAUGCAGUCAAUGGAAGCGUGUUGCACGGUAUUGAAGUAAACCUGUCCAUUACACAGAGAUGCUCUGUCCGGUGUGGUGUGGUGGUGGAGAAUGUUCUCUAGGAGAAACUGAAGUGAGGUCAAAGCAACAUCUUAAAGCCUUCUGGGAGUAGAGAACUCUUACUAUUUUUUUUCUGAGGUGUACUUGGACAUGCAAAAGUGCUGUGCACAGCCUAAUGCAUUGUAUAUGAGAAUUACUUCUUUUUGCCAUGUUCAGGCAAGCAGUUGCUGCAGCAUCUGGAAAUACUGUAAACGUCAACUAUGAUAGUGAAUACUGAAGAAGUCUAGAGACUAAUGAAUAAUGAAUCAGUUUCCUUUGUUUCCUAGCUAGUCCUUCAUUUGCUUUCUAUCAUGAUCAAUCUUUGUGUUUCUUUUAUGGAGGAACAAUCUUGUUUUGAAAUGAUAGUAUGUCAAAAAAGGCCAAUUUUUUUUUUUUUUUUUAUAUCUGGCUAAUGGAGAACACUCAAAAUACAACUUUAAGUGCAAUUAAUGAAAAGUACAAUUACAGCAAGAGGCUUUUAUAUAAGCUGUAUGUUUUUUUUUAAUUUUCCAGUCAAAAGAAUACAACUUUAAUAUUUGUCUGCUGUGUAAGAUCCCAAAGCAUUGCUGCUAUCAAAAAUGUAAGAAAUUUCAUUUUUUUAAAAAAUCAUUUCACUUUUUAAAAUUGCUGCCAACAAUUAUGACUAACCAUUGUAAUCAAUCAAAACAUGCAUAUCAUAAAGAAAUUUAUCAUUCAUCCAAAAGCAAGCAACUUGAAGCGGACAUUUGAACUAUGACAGAUCUCCAAGAGAAAUUCUAGUUCGCCAGUAUUGUAUCACUUGUAAGAACGGGAAAAAAAGGAUUGUAUAUGAAUGUUUUUGAUGUUGUGAACAAAAUAUGUCUUUUAAUUUUGCACAAAAUUGACUGGAACCUGCACUGUCUUUCAACCAGCAGCGGCUCAAGACCAUAAAUGUUGGAGGGGUAGAGCAACAUUAAUAACAAUAUAGCCUUAAACAAAUUGAAGUCAAGAGGUUAUCACAUCUGAUUUUCUAUAGGCUACUAUCUAGUGAAUUUUAAGAGUAACUCCAUAAUAGGCAGUUGAGAGUUGACAACAAAGUCAUCCAGCAUGCUGUCUAGCAGCUUGUUUUUAGUGGUUUUACACGUUUGUUUGAUACAGCAUGUGUAUUUCCAGUCAACAGUGUGUGAAUUGCCGAUGGAAGAGCAAACUUUCUCUCCCAACUACAUUUCGAAAAUGCAGAAAAGACCUGAAGCUAGCCUGAAAAAUUCAGGCACUGGAAAAGAGUGACAGGUUUUUUUUUUCUUAUUUUCAGCCUUUGCAUGGGAAACAAUGUCACCAUGAUUACACACACAUUUCUGAUGUAAAUACAUUAUUCUCACCAAAAUCCCUCUUUCACUCUCCCAAUCUUUGCAAUAUAACCAUAGAAAUGGUUCUGUACAUCAUAGAUACACUGUCUGCACUUACAUUUUUCCUUUCUUUUUGGAAAUAAAGACGAUCUUGGCAGUAGGUAGAGUA